CUAACCAUAUACUGUGAGAACAAUGGCAGUGGAAGUAAUGGCGAGAGACACAGAUUAUGGAGCUUUCGUCGAAAAAUUUAUUCUCCAGCCAGUCCCUUCACCUCAUCCACUUCCCUUAAGUGGCCUUACUUUUGAAAUUAAAGACAUAUUUGAUGUGGAAGGAUAUGUAACUGGAUUUGGACAUCCUGAAUGGGCAAGGACUCAUUCGGCAGCCACGUCAACGGCUCCGGCUGUUUUGGCUGUCUUGAGGGGAGGUGCCACUUGUAUUGGUAAAACUGUCAUGGAUGAAAUGGCAUGCAGUAUAAAUGGAGAAAAUAUACAUUAUGGAACACCCACAAAUCCGUGUGCACCUGACCGGAUACCUGGAGGAUCUUCUAGUGGAUCAGCUGUUGCAGUAGGUGCAAAGCUUGUAGAUUUUUCCUUGGGCACUGACACUGGAGGAAGUGUAAGAGUACCUGCAUCAUAUUGUGGAAUUUAUGGGUUUCGGACUUCAAUUGGUGCUGUUUCUACUGCUGGAGUAAUUCCUAUGUCACAGUUUUUUGAUACUGUAGGAUGGUUUGCUAGGGAUCCUAUAAUCUUGAAGCAAGUUGGUCAUGUUCUGCUGGAGUCAUCUGAUACGCCUCAUGUCAGACCUAGUCAGGUGAUUGUCGCUGAAGAUUGCGUACGACUUUCAAGCAUUCCAAGUGGUCGGACAACUCAAGUUCUUCUUAAAGCAGUGGAGAAACUGUUUGGGGGUCAUAUUAUUAAGAAUGUAAUUCUUGGGGACUAUGUCAAGGACAAAGUUCCAAGUUUGAAGAAUUUCAUAAGUGAAGGAAAUAAUGAUCAAGAGACUAUACCAUCCUUGGCAGCCCUUUCAAGAGCCAUGAGGUUGCUACAAAGGUAUGAAGUCAAGAAGAACCAUGGUGACUGGGUGACUACAGUCAAACCUGAAUUUGGUCCAGGAAUACAUGAAGAGGUAUGGGAAGCAAUGAGAACAUCAUCAGAUAACAUUGAUGCCUGUCAAUCUAUGAGGACGGAAUUACGUGCUGCUCUUACUGCUCUUCUUGGGGAUAGCGGUAUCUUUGUUUACCCUACAGUUCAAGGUCCUCCACCGAAACUAAAAAUGGAUGCAGCUGCCUUUGAAGUUGAUAUAGCCAAGGCUUUUCGCUUGCUUGCUAUAGCUGGAGUAUCUGGCUUCUGUCAGGUGAGCAUCCCACUAGGUAUGUAUGAUAAUCUUCCUGUGUCAGUUUCCUUGGUGGCGAAACAUGGUUCAGAUGGAUUCUUGCUCAACCUUGUCAGUACUCUUCAUGACACCCUCAAAGAAGAGAUCCAAGUUGCCGAAAGAACAAGUUACUAAACUAAAUAGGCUGUUUCCAAUAAUUUUCUGUGCCAUGGAGGCUUGUAUACAAAAAUAAAAAUGCAGAAUGUUGAAAUGUAUUUGUUAAGGGGCCAGUAUUCUCUUCAUUUCCUACAAAAAUUCAGGGAAUACAUAGAUAUAUGUUUCCUCUAUGAGAAAAAUAGUUGGAAAUUCAAGAUCUUAAGACCAUUUGUCCCUGUUCAGCUGUUCUUAAUGUAAAUAGAUAUGUCAAAUAUGGAGGAAGAUAUCCGCUAUAUGUAUUGAUUACGAAGAUCUAUAAUGAUAUAUUCUUAGUUAAUAUCGUUCUACAAAAGGACUCUGCUCUCUCUGAUUGCCUUCAUAUUAGCCGUAUGGUAUGGAAUGGGAUUUUUGUAAUGUUAACAAUAAACAGUGCGACCUUUGCAUAUUUAGUGUAAAAACUGGUGCCUUUCAAUAUAAUCCAACUGACU